CGGAGAAUUGAGAAACCAUGGUGCAAACCUCCGCGAAACGAAGCCGCCCCCACAAGAACGGCGAAAUGAAAUCUCGCAAACGGCAGAAAGUGGAAGGGCAAUCGCGCAAGGUCCGCCUCGAUCAGCUGCAAUGGAAGCCGGUGGAGAUGCCGGAUCGCCUCGACGACUAUGAGGGCUUUUUCGGAUUGGAGGAGAUUGAUGAUGUGGAUGUUGUGAGGGACGAGGUGACGGGCGCGGUGACGUUUGAGAGUAGGAAGGCGGAAGAGAAGCUGAAGAAGGCGGAGGAAGGGAACAGUAAUAAAGUAGAGGAAGAAAGGGAGGACGAGGAAGGCGAUGCGGAAUCCUGGGAAGGGUUUAGUGAAGAUGAGGGUCAAACUGAAGCGCAGGAGGAAAACGCACAACAUGCGGCAGAGGAACCUGCGACCGUGGAGCAGCCAGGCCAGACAGCAAAGGAGAGUAAGAAGAAGGAUAAGAAGCGGAAACGGGACGAUACGAAUGGCGAAUCGAACCACGAGACCAAGAAAACACAGACAAACAAGCCACAGCAGAAAGACGACUUGUCAGACGUACCAGAGCUCAAUGGGAAAAGUGUCUUCGACAUCCUAGCGGAUGCGCCAACGGAUGAUGAGGAUGUUGAGGUGGAUGUGUCGGCCUGGGAACCCCUAGGGCUGUCCCCAGACACGCUGGAAGCCAUCGCUCGCCUGAAGUUCGCGCAACCUACAACAAUCCAAAGCUCCGCCAUACCGGAAAUCCUCGCAGGCCAUGAUGUUAUCGGCAAGGCUUCCACAGGUUCAGGCAAGACGCUAGCCUUUGGCAUACCUGUGCUGGAAACAUAUCUAGGCUUGACUCAAGGCUCACCGGAACGGAAGUUACCCCUAGCGCUCAUAGUCUCACCGACUCGCGAGUUAGCGCACCAGAUUUCGGCGCACUUGUCGAAACUCUGUUCUGGGGUAGAUGAAGCCCCCUCCAUAGCUACUAUCACUGGAGGCCUUUCCGUCCAGAAGCAACAGAGGCAGCUUGAGACGGCGAACAUCAUAGUCGGUACCCCUGGCCGAUUAUGGGAAGUCAUCAGCAGUGGCCACGGUCUGCUAGCAUCGCUGAAGAAGAUUCGUUUUCUGAUUGUAGAUGAAGCCGAUCGUCUGCUCAGCGAAGGCCACUUCAAGGAGAUGAAAGAAAUCAUCAACGUGCUCGACCGCGAAGAUUCCGAAGGACCCAACGAGGACGAACCCGAGAACGCCCGCGACACCGAAGACUCCAAGGUCGAACGCCAAACGCUCGUCUUCUCCGCCACCUUCCACAAAGGCCUCCAGCAGAAACUCGCCGGCAAAAACAAGAAAGCCGGCGAACUGAUGAACAAGCAAGAAUCCAUGGAGUACCUGCUCAGAAAGCUCCACUUCCGCGAAGAAAAGCCCAAGUUCAUCGACGCGAACCCCACUUCGCAGCUGGCCUCGGGGCUCAAGGAAGGUCUGAUUGAAUGCGUCGGCACGGAAAAGGACCUCUACCUCUAUUCAAUCCUUAUGUUCCAUCCCAACCGCCGCUCGCUCAUCUUCACAAACUCCAUCUCCGCCGUCCGCCGCCUCACUCCCUUCCUGCAAAACCUCAAUCUUCCCGCCCUCCCCCUCCACUCCCAAAUGCCCCAGAAAGCGCGUCUGCGAUCCGUAGAACGAUUCGCCGAGCGCGCCGGUUCCAUCCUGGUAGCCACCGAUGUCGCAGCACGCGGCCUCGAUAUCCCAGGAGUGGAAAUCGUCAUUCAUUACCACCUCCCCCGCACAGCCGACACAUACGUGCACCGCUCCGGCCGCACAGCACGUGGCUCCGCGUCGGGUUCCAGCGUCCUGAUCUGCGCGCCAGAAGAAGUGGCAGGCGUGCGCCGUCUCGUCGCCAAAGUCCACGCGCAGGCGUCGUCCUCGGGGAAGAAAGCGAAGACGACGCAUUUCAUCCGCACGCUCGACAUCGAUCGCCGCAUUGUGUCGCGAUUGAAGCCGCGAGCCUCGCUCGCCAAGACUCUUGCGGACGCGGUCAUCGCAAAGGAGAAGAAGCACAGUGAGGAUGACUUUUUGCGGCAGGCAGCCGAGGACCUGGGUGUGGAGUACGAUAGCGAUGAAUUGGAGGCUGGAAUGAGGGGCAAGAGGGGCAGGGGCAGUGGGAGGAAGAAGAAGGAAAAGGAGGCGAGGAGUCUCUCGAAAGCGGAGCUGCAGGCUAUGAGGGCGGAGUUGAAAGCGCUGCUGGCACAGAGGGUGAACACGGGGGUUAGUGCAAGGUAUUUGACUUCUGGAGGUGUGGAUGUGCAGAGUUUGCUGAGCGGCGUGGGGAACACCGCAUUUUUGGGUGAGGUGGGUGGCUUGGGACUUGAUGAUGAAGAGGAGGGAGGCAGUGGCGAAGGCAAGUAGUGCUUGGAUGGCGGUUGGAAAGAUGUAAAUGCAUUUUCAAUGUGAAUGAUCCUUGGAUAUCCUGUCAUGUAAGCAGUAUUCACCUUCAGAAAAGG